UUUUGAUUAAACGAUAAAUUGACACCAUGAAAUUAAAUAAUAAAUAAAUGUAAUAUUGAUAAAUGAAAGCGUAAGAUUGCUUGUAAAAACAAUAAGAAAGUUUUUAAAAACCAAAGGGAGAGUUUGCGCGUGCUCUCAAAUUUCCGAGUGUGCGCUUUUCGUUUUGCGGCAAUUUUAUAUCUUGGUCUGGGUCUAGAAUCCCUCUGAUGAUUAUGAAAUAGUCCUGCCAAGUCUUUGGAUCAGGAUUAAGAUCCUCAGUCUAUAAAAUAUAAAAAUUAAAAAAUGAAACUAGUAAUCGUGACAUUAAUUAUUAUCGGUCUGAAUUCGGCUUACGGAAGUAAAGUCAAUGAAUUACCGAUUCAUUCAGUAGCUCUCGGGUCGCAAGCAACACUUUUCUGGAGAGUCGAGCCAACAAAGGAGGUCAUACAAUUUGAAAUUCAUUUUACUGCUGAAGAACGCGCGUGGUUUGCUGUAGGAUUUUCAGACCGUGGAGAAAUAACGCCUGCUGAUUACUGCAUUUUAUGGAGUGAUUGGCAUCUUAAAGUUCACUUUCAAGAUGCAUGGUCAGACGAUAAAGGAACAAUCGAAGUCGAUGACCACCAGGACUGCAAAGAUUUUGUUUGGAAGCGAUCGAAUGUCGGGAACAUGACGAAAUUUUCAUUUACUCGUAAAUUUGACACAUGCGACGAUAGCGAUUAUAUUAUCGAGAGAGGAACCACCCACAUUGUUUGGUCUAAAGGUACCGGACCGCUUUCAUCUCUUAACGGAUUGAAUGUCGUCAACAACGCAAUCUCCUCGGGAAUGUCACGGACUGAAUUACUUCGUAUGGUAGCUUAUCAGCGGCCCAAAUUCCCCCCAGACACUUGGAAGUACCAGUUGCUAGCCGACCAUGUGAAUGUCCCUGACGUAGAAACUACUUAUUGGUGUCGGGUUGAGAAACUUCCCAAAGCUCUCAGGCAAAAGCAUCAUGUCCUGCAAUUCGGACCAGUUAUACAAAGUGGAAACGAACACUUAGUCCAUCAUAUGGAAGUGUUUCAUUGCGCUGGACCACCGAAUUCUAUUAUCCCUUUCUACAAUGGCCCUUGUGACGCUAAAGAUCGUCCUCAGGCAACUCAGAUCUGCAAAAAAGUACUGGCGGCAUGGGCAAUGGGCGCGGAUGCGUUCAUUUAUCCAAAGGAAGCUGGUCUGUCAGUUGGCGGGGAACUUUUCAAUCAGUACAUAAUGCUCGAGGUUCAUUACAACAACCCGGAGCGCAUUAAGGGGACAGUUGAUUCCUCGGGAAUUGAAUUUUAUCUCACGAAGACACUGAGGAAAUAUGACGCGGGUGUUAUUGAACUUGGGCUUGAGUAUACCGAUAAAAUGGCCAUUCCCCCUCAUCAAGAAUUAUUUGAAUUAUCUGGACACUGUGUAACAGAAUGUACUGGUAUUGGAUUACCACAAAACGGUAUCUUUGUAUUUGGAUCACAGCUACAUACUCAUUUAACUGGGACAGCAGUACGUACACGUCAUAUACGUGACGGUAAUGAAUUAUCACCGCUUAAUUAUGACAAUCAUUACUCAACACAUUUUCAAGAGAUAAGAUUACUUCCUGAACCAGUACACAUCUUACCGGGCGACUCGCUGAUUACCACCUGCACUUACAAUACCAUGGAAAGAACCAACGUGACCCUCGGUGGAUUUGCUAUUUCUGAUGAAAUGUGCGUUAAUUACAUUCACUAUUAUCCUAACGCGAGAUUAGAAGUUUGCAAAAGUGCAAUUAGUGACGACGCUCUGCGCACAUACUUCAGAUAUAUGAGGGAAUGGGAAAAUCAGCAGACAGAUUUUGAUGCUGCUGUGUCUAGUAGCUAUCAAAAUAUUGAGUGGACAAAAGUACGCGUUGCAGCUCUGCAUGAUCUCUAUCAAGCCGCACCUCUGGGAAUGCAAUGUAAUGGCUCAGAUGGAUCACGUUUACCAGGACUUUGGAAUAAUGUUGCUGCUACUCAAGUUAAAUUACCUCUUGCUCCGCCUGCUAGAGAUUGUCAGUCUUUGGUUAAUAAUAAUUACAUUGAUCUUGAUGGUUUUAUGUAAAUUGAUUUUCAUUAUUUUUAAAAAUCGAGGCAGAGAUUUUUAAAAGGACCCAUAGCUUUUAGUUGAUAAUUUUUUUUCAUUAUUAAUUUAUUGGAAUAUUUGAUUGCUGAUGAUGAUAACGGUCAAGUAGAUGCGCAUUUUAAAUUUUACUUGUUUUUUACUAAGUAAUUAUUCAGUAUAAUGUAGAUAUUGUUUUCUUAAUUGCAAAUUAAUUAUUUAUAUUAAUUAAGAAGUAUUAGUUUAGACUUUUAUUAGACUUUAGGCGCAGCCUUCCAUCUUACAGCAAUAGAUAAUUUAUAUUAUGAUCUUUAUAUGAAUUUGGAAGCCUUCAAAGUUAGUCCUUUAAUUAGAGAUGAUAUUUUGCCUACCAUCUUACGGCAAAAAAUGAUUUAACGACUAGCUUUUAGUGGAUUGUUAAUUAUUUAGAUUAAUUUGAUGGCAUACAGAAUUAGUACUCCAGUUAAACCUUCAAGACCCCGUCCAUCUUACGGCAAAAAAUUCAUCAAGUGGCUACUUUUCGAUGAGUUGUUAAUUAUUCAGAUUAAUUCGAUGGCAUUCAAAAUUAGUACUUCAGUUGGGCCUUCAAGAUGCCGUCCAUCUUACGGCAAUGUAUUAAUUCUCUAUCUCUCAGUAGAUUAUUAAUUAUUUAGAUUAAUUUGAUGGCAUACAAAAUUAGUACUUCAGUUGACCUUCCAGAUGCCGUCCAUCUUACGGCAAGAAAUUGAAUUUAAAAUAAAAUAUUUACAUUAAUUUGAAGGAAUUUAAAUCAGAUGUUUAAUUAGAUCCUUAAAAUUUCGUCCAUCUUACGGCAAUAAAUUAAUUCUCUAUCUCUCAGUAGAUUAUUAAUUAUUUAGAUUAAUUUGAUGGAAUACGAAAUUAGUACUUCAGUUGACCUUCCAGAUGCCGCCCAUCUUACGGCAAGAAAUUGAAUUUAAAAUAAAAUAUUUCCAUUAAUUUGAAGGAAUUUAAAUCAGAUGUUUAAUUAGACCCUUAAAAUUUCAUCCAUCUUACGGCAAUAAAUCAAUUCUCUGACUAUUUCUCAGUAGAUUGUUAAUUAUUUAGGUUAAUUUGAUGGCAUACAAAAUUAGUACUUCAGUUGACCUUCCAGAUGCCGUCCAUUUUACGGCAAUAAAUAAAUCACACUAUUUUUUAAUAAAAAAAAUUAUUUUUCAAAAGCUAGUGGUCCGUAGAAAUUUGAAACAUCAAACCCAUUAUUUAUUUAACAAUAAAAAAAAUCUAAUUAAUAAUAAUAGUACUUUUAUUGUGAUGUUACGGAUACAAUAAUAAAUGACCGUGUACGUAAAAAAAAGUUACGAUAAUUAAAAUAUAAAUUGAACAAAAAUCAGUAUAUUUGAUUACAGUAAAUUUACAAAAGAAAUAUUAUCAUCCUGGCAGCUGGACUGUCAUAUUAAUGUUAAUAAUAUUAAUAUUAAUAAGUAAAAGUAUUAUUUAGUUUUUUUUUUCUUCAGUAUUCUCUUUAUAUUAUUGUUCUUAUCAUCACUGAUGACUCAUAAUUAUCAUUUAUCAUAUCUGAAAUACUAUGUAUAGUAUAUAUAAUACACAUGUCCGUCGUGUGAUGGACGGUUAACUUGCUCCACCAAAGCCUCUUAUAAUAAUUUAUAAAUUUAUAAUUAACGUACAUACAUCCUGCUCAUUAAAUAAAUAAUUACCCCAAAAAGAUUAUCCUAAAAUUAAACUCUCACAAUUUUCUCUCUAAUUUAUUAUGCUAAUUACUUUAGUCAUAUAAGUCACAAUGUGAAUUUAAUUUUUAAAAAUUUUAAUUUUAA